AUGGAAAAGAGUCAUGUUUCAACAGUUGAGGAAAGAAAAGAUUUAGAUGAUGGCGAAACAGCAGACAAUAACAAAAGUCAAGUUUCUUUGAUUGAGGAAAGAAAGGAUUCAGAUGAUGUUAAUUCAACAGUCAAGGCCGAAAGUCAAGUUUCACCGACCAAGGAAAAACCGGAUUUUAACGAACUUUGUUUUGCCACUGGGAAGGAUGAAGCCGCAUCAGCCAAAGAACAGCUGGACAUUGAGAAAAACAUUGCAUCAGACGCGGAGGAGGGGCAAGAUUCAUUUGGUAAAGAAAAACCGGAUUCGGAUGACAGCAAGUCAACAGUCGAGGAAAAAACCAAAGUCACGACAGCUGAAGAAAAACUGGACAACGAAGAAAAAACUUCAUCAGUUGUACCGAAAGAUGCAUCUGGGAAAUCUAAAAUCAACCAUGAGCUUUCUUUAGAAAUGGAAAAGAGUCAUGUUUCAACAGUUGAGGAAAGAAAAGAUUUAGAUGAUGGCAAAUCAAUCGGUACACAAACCACUGUUAUGGAAAUAGUUCAAGUUACUUCAGCACAAGAAAAACUGCAUUUUGACGUCUCUAAUCUAUCAGCCACGGCCGAAAGUCAAGUUUCUCUGACCGAGGGAAAACCAGAGUUUAAUAACGAACUUUGUUUAGCCACUGAGAAGGAUGAAGCUGCAUCAGCCAAAGGACAGCUGGACUUUGAGAAAAACACUGCUUCAGUCGAGGAAAAAGCCAAAGUCAAAGAGGCUGAAGAAAAACUGGACAUUGAAGAAAACACUUCAUCAGACCUUGAGAAGAGUCCUGUUUCAAAAGUUGAGGGGAGAAAAGAUAUAAAUGAUGGCAAAUCAGCAGACGACGAGAAAAGUCUAGUUUCAGAAGAAGGAAGGAAGGAUUCAGAAGAUGACAAUUCAAAAGUCCUGGAGACGGAUGAAGUCGAAUCAGCGAUAGGACAGCUGCACAUUGAGGAAAACACUGCAUCAGCCAAUGGGAAGGAUGAGGCCUCAUCAGCCAAAGGACAGCUGGACAUUGAGAAAAACACAGCAUCAGACGCGGAGGAGGGGCAAGAUCCAGUUGAUAAAGAAAGACCGGAUUCAGAUGAUAGCAACUCAACAGUCAAGGAAAAAGCCAAACUCAAAAAAGCUGAAGAAGAAGUGGACAUUGAAGAAAACAUUUCAGCAGUCUCGGAGGAGGAUGAAGCCGCAUCAGCCAUGGGAGAGCUGUACAUUGAGAAAAACAUUGUCUCUGUUGUAUCGAAAGAUGAAUUUGGAGAAUAUAAAAUCAUGCACGAACUUUCUUUCGAAAGUGGCAUUCAGGAUUUCCAAGCGGAACAAAACGAAAAUACGAAAGGAAAAACCGGAAGCUACUUUGCUAUGGCAAUGGAAUUUCUCGCGGCUGAGAGAGAAUUUUUGGCACACACUUUUUCUGCCGCGGAGGAAAACUUUCCACAUCCUUAUGUGAAACCAGAUCUUAACCACGAGUGCGCAGAGUGCAGUUCAGACACUGAGAACGAUCAAGUUCCAACAAUCGAUGAUAAAAAGGAUUUGAAUGAUGGCAAUUUAACAGACGGUGAGAAAAUUCAGGAUUCUUUAGUCGAAGAGAAGAAGGAUUCAAGUGAUGAAACAGACCUGGAGAAUGACCAAGUUUCAACAACUGAAGGAAGAAAGGAUUUGAAUGAUGGCAAUUCAACAGACGCUGAGAAAGGACAAGUUUCUUUGAUUGAAGAAAGGAAGGAUUUAGAUAGCGGCCAUUCAACAGCCAAGGAGGAAGAUCAAACUACCCUGCCCCUUGGAGGCUUAAUGGGCUUCGAUGAUGCGACCCUACAAGCAAUAGCCACUGUGUAUAUUCAGGAUGGUGUCGCAGAAUUUCGUAAAGGAGAGGUGUCUAGUGCACUUCACUUAUUUACGGAAGGAAUUCAAGUGCACUGUAAAGAUGUCAAACUGAACGCGGUACUGUACGCCAACAGCGCGUCAGCGCAUUUCCAACUGGGAAAUUACAGAAAAAGCCUAGAGGACGCAGCUGUUGCUAUUCGGUUAGACCCGUAUUUACCGAAACUUGCAUUUUUAGGAGAUAAUGCCUGCAAAAAGCUAUAUUUGCACGAAGAGCGCAUAGCUUGGCUUCAGAAAGGAUUAGAAGUAUCCUUAGAGAAUGAGUUUUCAUAUGUUACCGAAUUCAAAGCAAUACAAUCCAUGUUACUGUUAUGACUAGAGCAAGGAGCAUACAUAGUUUACAUAGUUUACAUAGUUCCGCUACAGCAAAUAGUGAAUCAUGUUGACCCAAAAUAUUUAUGCCGUGGAACCUUUCCUGAAAGAAAGUGAUAAGCGGGUAGCUCUAUAGCAGUUCAAGGGUAAAACUCAAAAGCAUAUAUCUGUAGGUUGAAGAGAGGCAUUUCAGAUAAUAUUCACCGGAUAGUUUGAUUUAACUAAUAAGAGUCCUCAGUACGUUAAUGGGCUGCGAUUUUUUUAUUAGAAUAUUGUGAAUUUUAUUUUCUUACCUCGAGGUUCCUUGACCUUCAAUUCGUCGUUGUUGACAUCAGGCUCGCCUCGGUUGCAGUCUUAGAUUACCUUAGAUUAAAUUAAUUCACACUUCCUUGGUUUUCGAGCAAAAUUUUUCGAAGUAUCUCUCUGUCAAAAUAAACGUUCGCUGGUUGUAUGCCUGACAACACCCCUCGAAAUCUCACAAACACUUCUGUACAAACUAUGUAAUCAGUUUUGACUUAGGAUCGGACGUGAAUCACUUAAGUGCAGCUGAUCUCAUUCGUUCUCCAAAAUUUUGGCUUUGUUCUUCCUCUUGAGGCAACAACGCCGUGAAACCUACCGAAGACCGACUUUAAAAACAUCAGCGGUUUCAUCUUUCCAUAAAACCUAUGCUACUUUAAAAUCGUAAAAUAAAUUAAUACCCGCUUGAUUUCCCUUUAACUGUACACUGAUAACAUUCUAGAUACCAUACACAGUUCAAUUUAACUAGCUACCUAUUACCAAAACAUAGCAUUUUAACAAAACUGAAAUUUCUCGAUCUUUGAAACAUCCCGCUUCGCCAAGAGGGAAUCAAACUUCAAGAGGGUAUAGAAAAGAGUAAAAGUAACCCUCAGGUAUACACUACCCAAG